AUUGUGAAAUUUGUUCUCUAAAAUUAGGUUAGAAUGUGAACAAUGAAAUCACGGAGUUUGUUGUGACAGCUCGAUGAGAAAUGUAAGUAGAUGGGGAAACAAUGACGUAGGCCACCACUCUGUCUUUAUUAUAGUGGUUCCCGGAAAAAUAAGGUGUUGUGCAACAGUUUUGUGAGAAGGCACAUUUGGCUACUAUCCCGACAUACUGAGGAAAACCACCAAAAACGCCAGGAAGGCUGUUCUCCGGGUUGAUAUUAGGAUUAUUAACAACUAUAUUGUGACGUUCGGUGACGUGUUAGCUGUUUGGAUUAUUAACAUAGCUUUGAAAUCAUGAUUGAUGCUGCUUCAAGCCGUGAGAACCUGAAAUCUCACCAAAGAAUGAAAAGGAAGAAGUUGUAAAUGACUUGAUAAAGUAUGAGAACACAGACUUCUUCACACUGUUAUUCGAGAAGAGUGACAGAGGACUUGGAAUAACAUCUUCACAUUCUCUCCGCAAAAGGAUAUAGACCUAGUAGGUCUGCAUAUGGCAGAGAUCUUCAAAUAAAUUAGAAACCUGAACUCAUCAUGGCUUUGCUGACGAGUUGGAUGUGACAGAGUGCUCAGACGACAAGAUGAAAACAGACUUAUUCAUAUCUUUGUCUACAAGAAGUUACAAGGAAGAGGUUUAGGAAGAAUACGAGAUUUGUUCACAAACUCCCAGCGGGCCGGGUCUCAGUCUCUGGGCUGCGUGAUGGAAGGGCCGUGUGGGAGUCCCAAGGCCAAGUAGAACAGAUGAUGUGUCGUCAGUAUGCUUGAUAUAGCAGUGGAGUUGCAAUGACGUUGCUUUUCCCGUGUCUCUGACUUGCAUCGAAUCCAAUCGUGCCCUUGAACUUGUGCAAAAUUUUCAGGUGAGAAUGAGGGGUGUAUUUAGGAACCUUAAUGAAACGAUAGGAAUCCAAACCUUGUAGUAGAGGUGAUGAAGAUCAUCGUCAUUUUAAGCUCCUACUUCAUUGUACCACAUUAAGAGAAAAAUUCAUUACGACUUGUGUCCCGUACCGCAAAGAAAACACAGCACUUCGACAUGACAAAGAUCACUUUGUUAACGCUGUCUGCAUCGAGAUUCGUAGGAGACUCGCAAAUAGAAAUACAGAAUUGUCGAUUGAUUUAUUAAAUAUUAUUUAGACGAGUUUAGUCUUUAGAGGGUUAAACCCCUCUAUGACGUGUUACAUCCUUGACUCACGUUUGAUCAGCUGAUCAUCUGGGUUGGUUUGGGGGCGGGAUUUGUAUGUGCAGCCCCGUCUCUGAAGGUCUUUUGUUCAUGCAGUGACCCAGUAUCGAGAGAAACGCGUUGGCUGAUGUCGUACUAUCGAUUUUCCAAUAUUAUGUGCUAUAUACAUUCGACUUGCUUGCAUUUUCCGUUGUGACUGCGCGUAUGCGGGGCGCCAGCUGUAUCAGACAGAUAUUUUUUUUGUUUGGAAGAAUAUUCAUUCACCAGAUGCACCGAAUAUCAUCUCUUCAAUGCGAAGUUUGAAAAUAAACUUAAAUAUUAAUAUUGUUAGUUGGCUGGUUGUCUCUGUGUGGUGAGAGGCUGAGUUGUGGAAGGUCUUGGGUGAUUUGUAAAUUAAAUCAAACGAUAUUAUGUUUGAUAUUAUUAUUGAACAGUCAGAGGAUUAAGUUUUGGAUUUUUCGUGGUUCUCUGAUUUUUAAUGUUUCGUGACAAUUAUUUGCUGAAGGUGUAACUUUAAAAGUGAGAAUUGUGAAAUUGCUGAUUUUCAGAAUUAUUCGAAUUUAUAUAUUAAAGUGCUAACUUCAUGAUUCGACAUUGAACUAACGUUUUAUAACUGAACUGUGCAACCCUUAUGAGAAAGGGUUUUGAAACUGUCAAAUAUCUAAAUGAGUUGCUGUUCAUACCUGACACGUCUCGGGGAGAGGAUGGUGAGCAUGAGCUCCACAUUGGUGGAGACUGUUUCCAUCAACUACGAAGACUUCAACGAGAGCUUUUUGACCUGUGGCACAUGUCUCUGUAUGUAUGAUGGGAGUGAGCACACACCAAAAUUACUCCCGUGCUCACAUACGGUGUGUUUGCAUUGCCUGUCGAGGAUCGCAGCCUCUCAGACACGGGAAACUGGAUCAUUUCGUUGCCCCAUCUGUCGGGAGUUGAUCACGAUCCCGCGGGGAGGAGUGAGUGCCCUUCCACCUUCAUUUCUUGUCAAUCAGCUGUUGGAUCUGAUGUCACGACAGCGGAGGGAAGUCAUUCCGAAGUGUUCUGUACACAUAAAUCAGGAACUGCUGUUCUGUGAGACUUGUGACACUGUGUUCUGUACAAUCUGCACUGGUGGGAGUCACAGCACAAGCGGAACGAGCUGUGAACACACUAUCAUUCCUUUCUCCAUCGCAAUCAAACGCAUGUCCGAGAUCCUCCUCUACAAGGCUAAUGAGUGCAUAUCUAAGCUAUCACAAGCGCAGGAUGCUGUGACGCAGGAACUGCACAGGUUGAACUUGGCUACAGAACAUUGCUUGGAUCAAGUGAACAGAACAUUUCAAGAUGUUUCUGCACUCCUGGAGCAUAGGCAACAAGAAAUGGUGGCUGCUGUAGGUACAGCAUGCGAGGAAAAGAGAAAAAUUCUGGAAGAACAACUAGCUCUUAUAGAGGGUGAAAAAAAUAAGGUGGAGAGAGAAUGUGAAGGUUUGCAGUAUCAGGUGGAGGUGCGCAACAUCACGCAACGUAUUGGAAGCCUAAGUGAAAAGUUAGAUGCUGCUGGGACCCUUGGAGAACCUCGAGAAAACGCAUUUCUCACAUGUGAUUUCACUCACAAUGAUAGCUAUGCAACCCUUGAAACUGCUCUUUCUCAGUUGGGUCGUGUUCGUACAAGCACUACGUUUCCCAGCUUGUGCACAGCGCAAUUAAACGGUCCAGUUAUAGCCCAACUGGAGACCACAGCUUUUCUUCACACAGUAGAUUACCAUGGAGAUCCUCGUACAUCAGGAGGUGAUCCUGUAACAGUAGAAGUUCUGCCAUUGGAUGUCUCUGGCAGUGAAUCAGCAGCACUAGAUUCUCAGAUCGAGGAUAUCGAAGACGGAACAUACAGGAUCAAGUUCCGACCUCCUGCCGCAGGACGAUAUGUGUUAAAAUUGUCUGUGUUUGAACGUCCAAUUAAAGACUGUCCUCUGUUUUUUGAUGUGACUGAACACAAUAAUCCAACAUCAGUGUAUGGGUCUCGUGGCUCAGGAAAAGACGAGUUUCUUCAGCCUGUCGCAGUCGCUAUUGACGAGGCUGAUGGAGGAACCAUAUAUGUUGUGGAUACAGGCAAUUCCAGAAUAAAGGUGCUAACACCAGACCUGGAGUUUGUUCGUCACAUAGAAAAUGAGGGUCUGGCAGGGAGGAGUUGCACUGGUAUUGCUGUUUCAAACAAUGGGCUAGUUAUAGUUAACUGGCGUACAAAAACUGUUACCGAGUUGUCUCCUCUCCACGGUGACACACUUUCUAACUUUUCACACAAUGCUUUCCAGGAACCAAUAGAUGUAGCGGUGGACAGAGGAUAUGGUCAUGUUCUUGUAGCAGACAAUGGCCUCAGUUGUGUCUUUGUAUUUGAUUCUGAUGGAAAGAUUCUUUUCCAGGUUGGGAAGAAAGGCAGUCAGAGAGGGUACUUCAACUUGAUCUCAUCAGUAACAGUUGGGCCAAGUGGUGAGAUUAUUGUUGCUGACUCCCGCAUCCAAGUAUUCUCUGCAAAAGGGGACUUCCUUGAAGAACUUUAUCCAGAAGGAAAAGGUCGAGGGAGGUAUGGAGGCGUGGUGGUAGAUGGAGAGGAUCUCAUCAUUGCCACCCGCUCAGAGAAGAAUCGUAAUUAUGUUCAAGUCCUUAGGUUUACUGAAGGAACGCUUAUCUCAACCAUUGACUCUUAUGAUUCUCGACUCAAACGGCCUAGCGGUAUGGCUGUCACUAGUGAUCAUCAUAUAAUCGUUGUUGACCUUGGAAAUGAUUGUGUCAAGAAGUAUAGGUACUGGUAAAAUAAUCAAUUUGUUGCUGUAGUUCAGUAGGAUAGGGGCCACAAGAUCAUGCUGACCUCUUACCACACCAGUCAAAUCUACAGUUUCAAGCUCUGUUGCAUGUACCUGCUUCACAAGGCUAUAUUCUGAUGUUGAGAGAGCCGCUAGAAAUGAAGGUUUUGUUUUAAUUGGUUGUCGUGGGAGUUGAAUUUGAAUGUCAUGCAGUGCAAGGGCAUAGGAUGAUAGGAUAAGAGGAGGCAUGGAUCGUUCUCAUUACCCCAUUCCUUUGCCAGCAUGUAAUAUGAAGUUUAUCUUAGCUAGAACUUGGAGUGUGCACGUUGUUAGUACAAAUGAAUAACUUAAGCAGAUUUUGACAUCAGUACAUAAAAUGAAUGUAUCUUUAUUAUUACAUUUUUAGAAGAUAAACACAACUUUUUUUUCAUACGUAAUUUAUGUGAUGUACAUUAAUUUACAAUAGCCAUUAUAUGUAGUUGAGUUGGAUUUUUGUAGACAAGUGAGUGAUAAAACAUCAGUGUAGCCAUUUAAAUACCAGAUGUGAAACCAUGGUUCUUUACUAUUUUCUAAAUGCCCUGAUGUUUUUGCUACAACAUAGUUAAACCCAAGUAUGUCAUCAACUAUUGAACAUAAGUGUGUGACUUUUUAAGUAAGGUAUUUGUGGAACGUCAUAUUUAAUUUGACCUCAUUUUUGUUCCAAAUCCUCUUUCUCCACACCCAUUUUUGGUAUUUACUUUGAAAUUUAGUUUCGUGUGGUAGAUUCUGAAACAUUCUUCCAGACAGAACCAUGCCUGACAGUCUGAGCAUCAAUAUGUUGAUUCUUUUAGCUUUUUUUGCCUAGCGCACGCAACACACCACUUUUGAUGUUUGGCCUACACAAAAUACAUGUUACAGCUUAUAAUUUUAUUAUAUGCAUUUUCAGCUCGGCAAAUGUAGGAACAAUCUUCUUCAGAUCAGUAUUUUGUCUGUCAGGAAAUAUGCUGACUGAUCACAUUAUUGACAUCACUAUGCCACAUCCACCGUUUGUAUGUGAUUCCAAGUGUUGGCAGCAUAAUACAAAGCCCUGAACAUGAACAUAUAUUUAUUCUUUCCUUCUGUUUCUUCUAUUUUUAGAUGCUUAUUAUCUUUUAUUUUAUGCUGUUUCUCUUUUCUUUUUUAUUCAUUUGGUUGCUUGCUGCUGUAGGUGACCACAUAGUUUACCUAGUGGUUAAACUGGCUGUGCAACCAACUAAGUUAUUUUUAUUGAACAAUAUUUUAUUCAAAUAAUAGCCCUGCAUGGUGUUAUCAACCAGGGAAUGAUCAAAGACUGAUAUUAUUACUUAUGUUAGGCCUAUAUGGUUGAAUUUGUGUCAGAACAUUAUUUUAUACAGAACAAAUUCACAUUUAAUAAAAAUAUAUCGUAGUAACAAUAUGUAUGCUCAUAUCAUAAUACCAACAAUGAACAAGUUAUAGGUGGAACAUGUAAAGCAUACUUCCAUAGUGCACAGAUUUCUAGUCAUGCAUACCUAAUAAUAAUCUGUUUUUGUAUUGAGCAAAUGCUAGUUUAAAAUGUUGUAGUGAAAUGCUGUAUAACUCAUCAGCAUUUUUGGCUAGUUACAUGACGGAAUAC